ACAAAGAGGGAUUUACUGGAACAGCAGCAGCUCACCUGUGUCCUGUGGAGUUUAAUAAAAGUUCGGAAAAAUGAUCUUCAAGGUUGCCUUGCUUAUUGCUGUAUCUGCUGUAGUUUCAGCCCAAUACGGACAUCAUUAUCCUGCUCAUGGAUACGGUCACGGUUAUGAAGGCCCUCACGAUUAUCAUGCACCUCAACCUUACGAUUAUGGCUACGACGUAAAAGAUGAUUAUGGCAACAAACAAUUCCGAAAAGAAACUGGAGAUGGCAAGGGAGCCGUGAAGGGAAGCUAUGGAUACGUUGAUGCUCACGGUAUCCACCGACAAGUCGACUAUGUUGCUGACCACCAUGGAUUCAGGGCACAGGUCAAGACCAAUGAACCCGGAACCGCCAACCAGAACCCAGCUGCUGUCGGUGUCCACUCUGCUGCUCCAGUUCAUGUUCACGCCCCUGCAUAUGCUGCCCCAUCUCAUUACGCUCCUGUUCACCAUGCUGGACCUCACUACGCCCCAUCUUACCAUAUCCCAUACAGGGUUCCCAAAUACGCCUACUAUUGAGCUUCUGCAAAUUAAGUUAUUCUCGCUCGCCUCUGACCCUGAUUAAUGCGCUUGGAACGGGCAAUGGAAUGGACAAAUACACCGGCUAUCUUCGGAACGCUCCGAUGAUCAGAAGCCCUCCGAAGAUACUGCACUUCUGCACACUAUUUAUCAACGCUAAGCUUUCGCAUCGCUUGUAGAGUUGAGAAGGGUAUAUUAUAGUGUAUAAAAUGUUAUAUACUCAGUGUUCUUGUUUUGUCCCGACUUGUUCUAGUGUGUGUGAAAGAUGUUGCAUGUAAAUAA